UAUUUUAUUUUCUCUCCAAUGUUUUUAAAUGAUUCAUCACUGUCAAACAAACCUUCAACAACUUCAACAAAUAUUUCUUCAAAUUUAAUAGAUAUGGAUGCUAUGUUGGAUCAGUUGGAAAAAGAAGAAUCUGAUCAAAAAGCAGAACAAAGCAAAAAUAAUUCCGAUUUGUCUAAUAAAAAUUUGGAGAAUGUCACAGACAAUUUUGAUGAAAAGUUGGUUGGGGAGGAAAAUGAGAAUGUUUUUUGUACUGUUGAUAUUGAACUAAAAGCCGACAAAAAUCAACUAAUUUUGGAGAAGACAUUACCUGAUUUAGCUUUCGCGUCCAUUUCAAAAACACUCAAAAUUAGUGUUGAAAACAAAAAAGAAAAUUGUGAAGAUUUAGAAGAAGAUAUUUAUGAGCAAAUUGAUAAAAUGGAUAAAUUAAUUAAAUUGGAGGAGGAAAAAGAAAAGGAAGGAUUUACUGAAGAAAAUGAAGAUAAAUCGAAUUUAUUGGAAAAUGAGAGUAAAGACAAUAUAGAGGGAAAUAAAGGAGGGGAAAAUUCUCCUUUUAUUUUAUUCUUGAAUACUUUUGUGGAUGAUAUUUUUGAUCAAGCUUUAAAUGAAAUAAAACAAAAAGAUGAAGAGGAAAAAGAAAAUGAAGAGUAUUGUGUAGAGCAAAAUGAUGAAAGUAAAUGGCCUUCUAUGGAAGAAAAAGUGCAUUAUCCAAACCCUGCUAAAGACGAGAGAAUAAAAAGGCUAAAAGAACUCACAGCUUUAAUACCUCCACCAUUAGCUACUUACCAUUAUUUGUCGAAAUCAAUUGGAGAAUUUAAAUUAACAGAAAGCGAAUUAACUUUGGGAAAGAAAAAGCCUUUUUGGAUACCUGACGAUGAUUGUGAUUGUUGUAUGUUGUGUUCUAAAGGUUUUUCUAUUGUUGUUAGAAGGCAUCAUUGUAGAGCUUGUGGAAGGGUUCUUUGCAGUUCUUGUUGUUCCAAUAAACGUUCAUUAGCUUAUGAUGACAAUCCUUCAAAUAAACACAGAGUUUGUACUCCUUGUAAUCGAACACUUGAUAGAAUUGAGGAAUACGAAAAAAGAUUAAAUGAAAAUUUAGAAGAGGAAAUUGAUGGGCCUUCAACUUCUAAUGCCUUUCCAUCAACUAACCAAUUAAAUUCUAGCAAUGAUGACCAAAAUAAAAAAUUAGAACAAGAAAAUUUAAUAAAUAAAAAUCCAAAGAAAUCACUUUUGAAGCCUCCAAGACGGGAUUCUAUUGAUAUUUUAAAUAAAAAUAAAGAGGAAAAGGAAGUUGAAAUAAACAAUAAUGAAGACAAAGAAGAAGAGGAAGGAGGGGAAGUUUUGGAAGAAGAAGGAAAAAAUAAAAAAGAAAAUUUAAAUGAAGAAUGCUCAAAACUACCAACUACAUCAACGAGUAAAUUAAUUGAAGAGGAAGAAAAUAGUACAAAUAAAAAAAGUGUAAAAUUCCGUGAUGGAGUACAUCCUGGACAGGGAGUUGAAACUUCUUCUAAAAGAAGAAAAAUCAUUAAACCUUAUGGAAAAGACAAAGAUCAGAAUUUAAAACAACCAACAACAGAAAGUUCUGAAGAGAAAAACAAAAAUCAGAAUAACCCCUAUUCUUGGUUAAUUAAUAAAGAAUCUAAAAAUUCUGAUUCUGAAUCUAAUAAUUCUUCUAAAAUACAAGAAAAUGAAGAAAAUUGUUCAUUAAAUAAUGAAUCUUCUUCCCCCUUCUCAACUUCUUCUGAAAAUCAACAAAGUAAUUCUUUACCUGAAAAUGAAGUUGUUGGGUUGGAAAAUAAAGUUUAUAAAAGGCCAAAAAGAAUUUCUAGUCGAACAAAGGAACGGAAAUUGUUGGAUGAACAGACAAGUCUUCUACACAUUAAUCAUUGGCGUGUUUGUGUAGUAACUUCUAUCGCUGAAGAUAUGUCAUUUCAAAAAAUGGAUAAAGUAAUUGAUAAUUUAUUAAAAGAAGAUGAAGAGGAAGGAAAUGAGGAGGGAAACACUAACAACAAUAAUAAUUUGUGUGUUGUUAUUGCAUUGAGACGGAAUUUCCAUGUCAAAAUUCAAUUACUAAAAAAUUUUAAAAUUAAUCAACAGGAAAUUGAAAUUCUCAAUUUUACAACGUAUGGAAUGACAACUUUGGGUGUUGAUGAAUUAAUGCUUGUAAUUGAAUUUAAAAGGGACAGAUUUUCUGUUCAAGAACAAUUAGAAUCAGCAUUUUUCAAUGUUUUGGAACAAUUUGAACAAAUAUAUCUUGAUUGUUUAAAUUCUUUUGAUGAUUUAUUGGAUCACCGGAUGGGGAUUAGAAAGUUGCAUUUAAAUAAAUUAAAUUGCCCCAAAGGCCCCUUCCUUUUGGGAGUUUUGGUACGUGAAGAAGAAAUAGCUUGGGCAAGAUGUGCGCCUUUAAGGUUAUUAUUGCGGUUGGGACAAUUUAGUUUUCAAUAUCCAACUCCAAUUGUUAAUAUUAUUCGUGAUCAACCCUUAUUUACCAAAGAUGUUGUCCAAUCUAGUGUUUUGAAAGUUUUGAAUGAUUUUCGUGGCUGGACAUACCAAAUGACUAAACUUUUUGAUACUUCAAUAAUUGUUAAAAAUAAUUUAACUGAAAUAUUUUUACCUACAUCUGCUCGGGAUGAGAUUCGAACUUUGGUUGAAAGUAAUCGAAAUAUGGUUGCCUGGUCAUUAAAUGAAUUAUCUUUUUUGAAUCAGCAAUUAGAGAUUGAUUCUCAUCUAAUUUGUGAACAAAAAAAUUGUGAAGAUGGACAGCAACCACAACAUUUUUGUACAACAAUAUUUAUGAAAGAACCAAAUAUGGCAAUUAAAGCAACAAGUGCUUCUUUUGUUAUUUUUGAUGGGGCCCUUAAAUGUGUUGGAGGAGAAAAGUUUGUUGUAAAUGUUGUGGAGGAUGGAUUAAUUAUUAGAUUACAAUCUGAAUUGAUGGAGGAAUUGGUAAAAAUCUUAUUAAAUAGUACCGAUGAAGAUAAUGCUACAUUUGAAGCUAUUAAUUUAAUCCAAAUUGAGGGAGAAGAAGAAAAACAACAAAAAUUAAUUAUUCAAUAUAUUGAGGGAAUAGAACAACAACAGCAACAAAUAAAUAAUAAUUCUGAUUUUAAUUUUGGUGCUUUAAUUUCUCCAAUUGAUGGAUUACAUUUGGGUGGACAAUUUCAAUAUGGACUUCAAUUACAACGACAAUUUAAUUCAAUGAAUUUUUUCCAAUAUUCAACGGAAUGGGCUAUUAGAUUAGCUACUGUAAUUAAUAUGUUACCCGGUAAAUGGCCGAGUGCUUUACAACCAAGAUUUUUCGAUGCCUGUGAACAAUUAGCUAAAUUGGUUGCAAUUACUUUGGAACCUUUUUUGCCUGGAUUAAUUGCUUUGGAUCAACUUUUUAUUGCGAUGAGAAUACAUGUAGAUGAAGAAAACGUUAGUUAUGAAACUAAACAUUGGGAUGUUAUGCCUGAUCAACAUUUUGUUUGGACUGUAACACUUGAUGAACAGAUAAUUCCAUUCCUCUAUUCUUUAUGUGCUUGGGUCCCUAGCAGUUUACGUGUUGAAUUACAUAUGCCAAUACUUUCAAUUCGAUCACUUCCCUCAACUACAAUUGAUUUAGUUGAAUUAAAUAAAAGAUAUUGA